AUGGCGUCUGCUAAGACUUCGAGAAAAUCGAAAUCAUCAAGUUCUUCACCAAAAAAAGGUAAAAUUGGAUCACCAAUAAAAAAACAAUCAUCAUCACGACAUCCAAAUUAUCAACGAAUGGUUACUGACGCACUUCAAGAACUCAAUUCGCGUACAGGUUCAACUCGAUCAAAAAUUUUGAAUUAUAUUAGAAUUACCUAUGGAGUCGAAAGUGGUAAAAGUGUUAAUAAUCAUCUUCGUUCUGCACUUGAAGGACUUCUUGAAGAAAGUAUUAUUUCACUUGCUAAAGGUACAGGGUAUAGUAAUGGUUAUUACCGAUUAACACCUAAAGGAAGACGACAAAAUAAUGAACGAUCGUCAUCUUCAAAAAAAAAUCAACGAAGAUCAUCAUCUCAAAAACAAACUGAUGGUCGUCGUAAAAAAUCUUCGUCUCCUUCACGAUCAAGAUCUAGAAAACAAAGUCAAUCUGAUGGUCGACGACAAAAUCGUACCGGUUCAAAAGGUCGAUCAAAAUCUUCAAAUAAUAAUCAAGAAAAUAAUGCCGAUCGUCGUAAAUACAAUAAACCACCACAAAAUCAAUCCAAAUUAUCAAAUAAAAGUAAAUCUCCUGGUCGUAAAUCUACUAAAUCAUCUCAAAGUCAAUCACGAUCAUCGUCCAAAAGUACAAAAGGUGAUGGUCGAAAAUACAAUAAACCACCUCAAAUGCAAAAUCGAUCACGUUCAUCAAAUAAAUCAAAAACUAACAAGAAAAAUCAACAACAAGAAGAUGAUGAUGAUAAUGAAGAAUCAGAAAAUGAAAACCAACAAUCACAACAACGUGGCCGAAGUAAAGGUGGUCGAAAACGACAACAACCAUUACAUGAAGGUGAUGAUAAUCAACAAUCACAACAACGUGGACGAAGUAGAGGUGGUCGAAAACGACAACAAGAUGAUGAUAAUGAAGAAUCAGAAAAUGAAGAUGAACAACAACAACGAUCCAAAUCGUCAAAGAAAAAAUCAACAGGCAAGAAUAAUGAUAAUAGUUAUUCAUCACCAACAAAAAAAGCUCGAAGUUCUACUGGUGGUUCUAACAAAAAGGCCAACAAAUGA